AUGUCUGCUUUCCAAGGCUUCGGCAACUUCGACCCGAACAUGGACCCAAACAUCAACUCAAACAUCGACCCAAACAUUGGCCCAAACAUCGACCCUAGCCUCAACACUGGCUUCAACCCUGGUCUCAAUGCUGACCUCAACCCCAACCCUGCCCUCAACCCCAGCUCCAACCCUGGCCCCAACUCUGGUCCUGAUUCUAGCACUGGCGCUAAUACUGGUACUACUAGCACUGCCACUGACUCCACGCCUCAGGGCAGUUACUGGAGACCAUCUGGCGGCUACCAGCCCCAGUACUUCGCAGACCCGAACAAGCUCCUGUGCAGCUGCCCAAACCACCUCCAGGGGUGGUGGCCUGUCCACUAUGCCGAGCUGAUAAUCGCCCCCUGCGCCUACAGAUGCCCCUACUGCGACGAGUUCAACAAAGUCGGGAGGGACAGACUGAUGGCAUCGAACCUCCGCCGUCACAUCACCAAGACGCACAUUGAAGGGAACCCUGGCCGGUACGGCACCCUUGUCGUCGCGCCUGGAGGGGGGAAAGCGAGAGGUCAGUAA